CCCAGCCCCAGCUCCCUGAUCCCCUGCCUUUCUCACCCCAACCUCGGAUCCCUGAUGCCAACCUCAGAUCCUCACAGCCCCCACUGAUCGAGCCACACACAUCUCAUAGGAACCCUACAGAGACUCUCAGAAACCCAGACAUCUAUAGACGUCCCCAUAGAUGUCCGCAGACUACCCAAACACUGUCACAGAGAUCCCGCAAAACCCUUUAAAAGAAGUGAGCCCUCUAGGCUCGUCCCCUCUGGGUUCAAUGCAGACUCUUCCGGAGACCAGUGCUGUUGCCACGGAGAUUCCUGGGCGUUCCGGUUGCCCUGCUUCAGAGGAGAUCGUGACCUAAGGAAGGACUUGUAACAGCCAAGCCAAAGCCCAGAGAUGGAAGCAGACAAGGUCACAGAAGAGCCUCAUACCACCAUGGAUGCGGCGGAGCACCCCUCUUCAAAGGACCCCUCUGCCGAGGAAUCAAAGGAGCCCCCUAUCCCUGAAACACCCUUUAAGCCCUCCAUUUCUGAGACCCCUUUAGAGCCCCUUACCUCUGAAACCCUUUUGGAGCCUUCCAUCUCUGAGACUCCCUUAGAGGCCCACACCUCUGAAUCUCAUAUGGUGCUACCUGCUUCCGAGACCGCUUUAGAGACCCACGCCUCUGAAACCUCUUUGGAACCUUCCAUGUCUGAGACCCCUUUAGAGGCCCGCACCUCUGAAACCCCUUUGCAACCUUCCAUCUCUGUGACCCUUUUAGAGACCCACACCUCUGAAUCUCAUAUGGUGCUACCUGCUUCCGAGGCCCCUUUAGAGACCCACGCCUCUGAAACCCCUUUGGAACCUUCCAUCUCUGAGACCUCUUUAGAGGCCCACACCUCUGAAACCCCUUUGGAACCUUCCAUCUCUGAGACCCCUUUAAAGACCCACACCUCUGAAUCUCAUAUUGUUCCAUCUACUUCCCAGGCUCCUUUAGAGACCUACACCUCUGAAAACCUUUUAGAGCCCUCCAUCUCUGGGACUUCUUUAGGAUACUCUGAGAUCACUUUGGAAACCCCUAUCCCUGGAACCCUGUUGGAGACUGACAUCUUUGAGGUCCCAGAGAAACACCUUUCUUUUCAUACCUCAUCACAAGACCAUGUCACUGUAUCUUCCCCUGAUACUCCGAAGGAAGACCUCUCGAAAUAUUCUCCCACUGAGGUCUCGUGGACAAGGAGAUCCAUCCAGAGCUCUGAGUCUGAGAUCCUUCAAAAGCACUCCCUUUCAAGCCCUUCAGCCCCAGUCCACCUGGACAUAUCUGCAAAGGAAACAGAAGAGGAAGGAGAGGACAAGGAGCGGGUGGAUGCCACUGACAGCACCGCACACACAGCUCAGCCUGGACAACAGCUGGGCAAGAAGAAGGGGAAGAAAGGAGUUAGCCAUUACACAGUCCACCCAGUGGUCCCCACUAAGCAAGCAGAGCUCAUGGAAGUGGCCAAGGCAAUGCCCAGAGAGAAGUUUGGUGCUCCGGCAAAUUAUCUUUUCCAAUGGGAGAAGAAUGCAGCCCUGAAUGCCAUCCAGACAGGUCUCUACAUUGGCUGGCGCUGCCCGCAUUAUCUAUGGGACUGUUUCCGGAUUGGAGAUGAGUCUAAAUGCUUUUGUGGACACUUGUUGAAAGAGCACCAGAUCAUCUCAGACAUAUCCGUGCCCUGCAAUGUGGGUCAGUGCCGCUGCCUCAUGUUCUGCUUUAUCCCAUCACGCCCAGAGGAGGUGGGUGAGUUCUGGCUCAAAAGACGAGCUACCUUUGACCCCAAGGCCUGGAGGGCCCAAUGUCGGUGCAAACACAGCCAUGAAGACCAUGCAGCUACUGGGUCCCAUCCCUGCAGGGUGAAAGGCUGUUGCUGCAACUGCUUUGAGUCUAAUUUCCUCUGUGCAGCCUGUGACAGGCGCUGGGAGGAACAUGAGACUUUCUUUGAGACUGAGGAGACCCGGCGACGAGGAGGGAGGCCUCAUGGGACAGACACUGUCAACACCUGGCACAGGCCUCUUUGAACCUGGCUCAAAUCAGCAAUAAAAGGGAAGCCACUGGAAUCUGGUCUGGUUCUGUAUGGGGCAGAUAGAUCCCAGCCCAGGGAGAGACAACCUAGGACCUUAGAGUUGGCAUCUAAUGGGGGCAAAAAGAGAGUACCACAUAUGAGACAGGCUGGAUCAAGCCACCUGCCUCCACCAAACCCACAUUUUGAGAUGCUAGCUCUGGCAUCAGCAGGACAGAGUGGCUUCAAGGAAGCCAAGGAGGGAGGGGGUUCCUGGAAGAUAGAGUGAACACUGAUGUUAGAUGCAGCUGGGGACCCCAGUAAUAAAGACUGAAAAACGCCCAUUGGAUUUUAUAAUUAGGUCUUUGGGCACUUCAGAUAAUGUAGUUUCAGUGGUGCAGUAGAGGCAGAAACCAAACAGCAGUAAGUUUGAAAGAGUUUCUUUAGGACGCUUGGAGGAAAAGAGCAGGAGAGAAGUCAGACAAUAUCAAGAGGGAGUUGUGGAGGAAAGGAAGCAUUUUUUAGGAGGGAA